CGAGUUUACACAACACAAGCUUAAGCUUUUGUUGCUUUCUGCUUAAUGGAGUCGCCUUAGUUUCUCUUUCUCUCUCCAAUCUCCUAUCACUUUCUCUCUCCUCAUCACUCUCUGAAACUGUGUUGAUCUCCUUAAUCUCUACUGCAUUACCUCUUUAGUCUGACCUGUUCUUCAGUUCAUACUUCUGCAAAUCCACCUCUUUUCUUCUUAAAGUUUUAAGGAAUUGGAGCAAUUGGGAUAUAAAAUCUCAGUAGUUUGAUAUAAGAGAAAGUUUCUAGAAGUUGACUGAUGUCUCCCCCAGUAAUGGGUGUUGAGGGGGGAGGGCAAAGCAAUGAUCAUCCAUUGGUGCCUUCUUCUACAAGUGCAGAAUCUGGACUGAAAGAGCAAAACUAUUUUGGGUUGUCAGAUUGUUCAUCUGUUGACAGCUCGAAUGUAGUGAGCUUGUCUGAUGAUCACAAGGAUAGCCUAAACUUUAAGGCUACUGAACUGAGACUCGGACUUCCCGGGUCUCAGUCUCCUGAAAGAGACUCAGAUCUUAGCCUUUUGAGUGGCUCAAAGCUUGAUGAGAAGCCAUUGUUUCCUUUGACUCCAUUGAAGGAUGGGAUCUCAUCAUGUGCACAAAAGGCUGCAGUUUUAGGGAGCAAAAGAGGCUUCUCUGAUACUGAAGUAAAUUGGACAUUCAAGUCUUCUGGGCAUGAUUCCGAUGAGCCAAAGCCGGGGGCUCAAGUGAAGAUUCUAAGUAAUGAUGGUAUGAAUGCAGGUCUAUCAUCAACCCCUCGGGCCCUACAAGCCUCUUCGAAGAGUGGCAUCUCACAAGCCACUCCAAAGGGUUUGGAGGAAGUGCCGCGUUCUGGCAGUGGCGACAGCGCUCCCGCUGCUAAGGCACAGGUUGUUGGUUGGCCUCCUAUUCGAUCGUUUCGUAAAAACACUUUGGCCACCAGUUCAAAGAAAGCAGACCCGCUUUUUGUCAAGGUUAGUAUGAAUGGUGCUCCGUAUCUGAGGAAAGUUGAUCUCCGAACUUAUGCAACUUAUCAAGAACUUUCCUCUGGCCUUGAGAAGAUGUUUAGUUGUUUCACUCUGGGCCAAUGCGGAUCAAACAUGAGUGAGACAAAAUUGAGGGAUGUACUGCAUGGAUCAGAAUAUGUGCUCACUUAUGAGGACAAAGAUGGGGACUGGAUGCUUGUUGGAGAUGUGCCGUGGGAGAUGUUCAUUGAUACGUGCAAGAGGUUAAAGAUUAUGAAAGGGUCUGAUGCUAUUGGCCUAGGUGAAGAACUUGAACAAUGCCAAAAGUUAGUCAACGUCUAAAGUGGUUCUGCUUUGGGAUAUUGGAUGACAUAUGUGGUCAUCUCCACGGGCCACGGAGAAGUCUAAGAGCCGGAACUAAUGAUGAAGCUGAAAAGACUUCGGUGCAGAUUCUGAAUUAGUAUCUCUGUAUUUCGUGUGGGGAGCGUUUAUCUGGUUUGUACUUUUGUGCUUCAUGUACAUGGUGUGUCUUGUUACAUCCUCUUAAUUAGUAUCUCUAUUUACCCAAUGAACUUCUGUUAAAACUUCUCAAGACAACUUGGUAACGGAAUCUAACACUGCGUGUAUGGUAGAGGAACCUUUAGUUGAUCGGUGUGUUUGACGAACUUACCUUAUUGGGUCUGAAGUUAUUAAUUGUAUCGUCAAUUGUGAUUAUGAAGUGUUUACUAGUACACUGAUCUUAGUCUGCGAAACGCUGAAAGAUUGACGACCAUGUGUGGACGUUUUAACUGUGUUAUGAAAUUACUGUUGUUUUCA